AUAGCGUUACGUUUUCGUCUCUACUAAAAUGAUUCGUGUCAUUGUACGCUUUACUAACGGUCAGCGAAUCUACAAUCCAGGCCAGACGGUGACUGGACAAGUUAGUCUAGUACUGGCCAGAUCAAUUCGGGCACGUAGCGUCUCCUUGACAUUCAGCGGAUUGGCGUUUGCAAUGGUCGAUUUCAACAGCAAGAAAGAACUCUGUCUCAACCACAAUACGACGCUGUGGACUGCUCCACCAGGUCAAGUCACUCUGCCAGUCGGUAGCCAUCACUACAACUUCUCGUUCCAGUUGCCUGACCGUUUGCCAGCAUCGUUCGAGUUUGGCAGUCCAUCUCGUUCUUUCAUCCGCUACUGCUUGGUUGUCAAAGUGCAUCGACCGAGGCGUUUCGCUUUCAAGCAUCAAGCAGCGUUCGUCAUCUUGGAACGCAUUAAUAUUAACGAUGCUGCUCUCCUCUGCUCGAUGAGAAGCGAGAAUGAAAAACAGCGAGGCUGCUAUUGCUGCACGUCUGGCCCACUCGCUCUCUCUGCUACUGUUGAUCGGAUGGGUUACUGUCCUGGUGAGACGAUCAUUGUGUCUGCAGUAGCUGAGAAUCACAGUGAUAGACAGUUGAGUGGUAUGCGAAUUCGUCUUAUCUGCCUUAUUUCUCUUCUUCCGAAUAGCAGAUGCGUUAAACGGUAUGAGAUCACAUUGAGGCAAAUAAUAACAGGAAGAGUUAUUCCUCCAGGAGAACGACAUCCGUGGCCCAAUGUAACAAUGGAUGUGCCUCCUUUACCCGAGACUGUGAACACUUGCAGCGUGUUGGCUCGUGAUUACUAUGUGGAAGUAGCAAUUCUCGUUCCUAAAGGACGUAACCUCCGUACAUAUUUUCCAAUAAUUAUUGGUUCUGUGCCAUUGCACCCUUCAUCACGAAUCACUGGAUAUGUUGCCAUUGAUAGCCGAGGUGGCCAACGACCUCGACAGCCUGUUCCUCAGUCUGCGUAUAUGUCAACACAAGUCACAGCGCCUAGACAGAUCACGCCGCCGAUUCAUCCUACUCUUGAAGUCAGACAUAAUGAGUCCCCCACACCAAGACAUCCUCGUCCCCCUCUACCCAGACCCUAUAUUCCUCCUCCUGACCCGCCACGUGAUGACGACAACAGAGAAAAUGUACCUCUUCUAACUCUAACUACGGAGGUACACCACUCCUACGGUACCACACUGAGAGAUAUAGUACAGAGGGAGAGAAAUACGAAACACGUCUAAGACAAUUACACACACACACCAUAGUGGACUGCUAGUUGGCUUAGCAUUUGGCGCUGAUAUCUAAAGAUUUGAAAGCUUACAAGUGACUGUGUUUGCAAUGUUUGCUGCAUCUUUUAUAUUAAUAAUGUGUAUGUUUCUUGACAGUGUC